CGGCUCUGCGCUUUUCCGAGCGGGCUGGCGCGCCUCGAGGGGAAUGUUACAGGGGCCUGCCCUGAGAGGCGACACCAGAGCACACGCACUUUCCUCAUAUUUUCUAACCCCUGUUAGUGUUGCUCUUGGGGGGAGGCUUUUUUCCCUUUGGACAUUUGGGUACGGGUGGCAUACGGGAGGGAGAAGAUGGAGACGAAGGUGAAGCAAUAAGGAACUUGCUAUAGUGGCGGUGCUGGCUCUCCUGACGACGAGGCGCUAGCGCCCUUGUCUUGAGAUAGAUGGCUGAAAUAUAGAUGGCUUGCCUCAGAGCUCUGUUUGUACUUCAGUCAAGCGGUGGUGCGGGACCCAGCCAGUGCCCCCUCCAUGUUUUCUCCUUUUUUUUCCCCUGCCUUCCUUUCUCCCAGUAGUCGGUUGCUGAAGAGGAAAAGGGAUAGUGAUACCUUUAGAAACCAAUACAAUCUUAACAACCGCUGGGGGUAACAAGGAGGGUAGAGUCCCAGCAAAAUUCUAGUCUCUUUGGGGAAAUGACUCUUGGGUACCUUAAGAUGACAAUGCUAGAAUAUAUGAGGGUUUUAAAAAUAUGCUUCCAGGAAAAUAAGAAAUUUUAAUUUUCUGAGUUCGAAGUGGUUUUUUGUUUGUUUGGUUGGUUGGUUUUGUUUUUUUCCCCCUUCUUCUCUUAUCUCUUUGGUACAUGGGCAAGAGAAUCAUUUCUUUAGAAGCCAUCUGAGUAUUUCGGGUAUGAGGACUUGACCUGUGGGCAGGAGAGCUAUGUGGCAAAGGACUGCUAGAUGCUGCUCUCCAAACUGCUGCGGCUGCUUCCAGGCUGAAAACCAUCGGAUUUUCCCUCCAGGAAGAAUCCUUUCUUCUCUCGUCCCCCACAUGGGUGUGGUCUAGCUAUGGGCUCUGGGACAGUUGUCCUAGGAAAGCCCAAUCUAGGGACUGUCUAAUAGGUGUUUGAGACAUGAAGGAACUAAGCUACUUCCAGCUGUUCUGUGGCCCCUGCUGCCUCGGAGCCUCCAAAACACCCUGGGCUGCUGUCUUCUUGUAGGCAUACCCCAAGACAGGGCUUUGGAGACUCUAGGGCAUCCUUCUCCCGAAUUCUCACUUUUCCCCAGUUCCAUCGGAGACCUAGACCUGGCAGCUAGUGGUCCAUUGAUGUGCUUUCUCAGGGACAUGCCUGCUCUGGGAAUCAGGAACAGCGCCACCCCUAGCUCUGGACUCUGAAAUAACCUGUAUGAACCAAGAGCUCCAGCUGGAGGCGUCAACUCCCACCGAUUUAUCUGACUUCUGCCCAGACUCUGAAAUGCCAACUAUGUCAAGGCCUGCACUUGAUGUCAAGGGUGGUAGCAACUCUGCGAAGGAGGAUGCCAACCAGGAGAUGAACUCUCUGGACUACUCCAACCUCGGGGUGAAGGAUCGCAAAGCAGUGGCCAUCCUGCACUACCCUGCGGUCAACUCAAAUGGAGCCAAAGCCAAUGGAGCUCCUGCAAGCUCCUCUGGAUCAGCAUCUCCAGUAGGCUCUCCUACUGCCAGCCCUUCUACCAAGCCCCCACCCUUCAACCUGCACCCUGCCCCUCAUCUGCUGGCCAGUAUGCAGCUGCAGAAGCUUAAUAGCCAGUAUCAUGGGGCCGCAGCAGCAGCUGCUGCUGCCACUCCAGGCCAACCAGGGGAGGCAGGGCCCCUGCAAAACUGGGACUUCGGGGCCCAGGCGGCGGCGGCGGAAGCCGCAGGAGCAGGAGCGGCGGUGGCAGGAGCAGGAGCAGGAGCAGAAGCGGCAGGAUCAGCCACUCCUCCUGCUGGUUCCCAGAGCCCUACUAUCAUUGAUUCUGACCCAGUGGAUGAGGAAGUGCUGAUGUCUCUGGUGGUAGAGCUGGGGCUAGACCGAGCCAAUGAGCUUCCCGAGCUGUGGCUGGGGCAGAAUGAGUUUGAUUUCACCGCAGAUUUUCCCUCUGGCUGCUGAUGCCAAGUGUCCCUAAAAAUUGAGGAACAAAGCCACCAAUUCAGUUGUAAAUAAAAGUUACUUGCAAAGAGA